AUGAAUUCCAGUAAUAGCAACAACGAAAAUGUCUAUUACGAAGACAUCCCACCUGGAACUCUUAAUGAAGAAGAUUUCUUUUGUACAGAAAAGAUUGUACCCAGGAAAAUUAAACCACAAAAUAUUGUUAUGAGAUUAAUGGACAGAGAAAUUUAUGGAUCUCGCAAACCGGGUUCCCAUUUUCAUGUCGUCAGAGAAUUUUAUCAAAAUGUUUUUCCUAACUUGACUAUUGUCAAUGUGGAGAAACCACCAUGUUUUUUGAGAAAAUUUAGUCCAGAUGGAAAGCAUUUUAUUGCUUUCUCUGCUGAUCAGACAUCCUUGGAGAUAUAUGAAUACAGAGGUGCCUCUGCGGCAGGAGACCUUGUGGCUGGAUAUCCUUCAGAUUUACUUAAUGCUGAUGCUGACGCACACCAUAGAAUAAGAACACAUAUAUUUUACAGAUUUUUUAAGCCUAAAUUUACUGUAAAUGUUUGCCAACAAAGAUUACCAUCCAGAUCUGAACGCAACUCCGGCCAGCAUCCUUUUAUGGAUCAGCAACUAAACAGGGAAUGCAGUCUUUUUACUGAGGAUGGGAGAUAUGUUAUAGUUGGUUCAGCGGCACACAUCCCUGAUGAUCUAAGACCUCAUUUCUAUCACAUACACAGUAACAAUGAAGCAGUGACACCAACAAUUAGAUCCGCCCUAGAAGACUACUCUCUGCAUUUGGUAGAUUUACAUCAUGGGAAACUCUGUGAUACAAAACACUUCAGGACUGACAAAAUAUACCUGUCCCAUAAUCAAGGCAUUUAUUUAUAUAAAGAAGUAUUAGCUGUACUCUCUGUGCAGCAUCAAACAAUACACUUGUUCCAAAUUGUUGAGGGUAUGUUGAUAGAAAUACGAAAAAUUGGUAGAUUCUGCUACGAUGAUGAUCCAUUCAUUGUCAGUUCCGUGUUUGCACCAAUAACAAAUGAAAGGCCAUUCCAUGAAGAGACAAUUAACAGUUUGAAGCAUAGACUACUUGUGUUCCUAUUUAAAAGAGCUAAAUCUAUAAGUGACAAUACAAAGGAUCCAUUGGAAUUGAGGAAAUUUUAUAAAUAUUUUGACAUGUUUAAAAGUUUGAGGAUGUGGAAGAUGCAGUUGUUGGAUGAAGAUCACCUGUUCAUUAAGUACGCAAGCGAAGAGGUUGUUACAUUACGAGUGGCUGAACCGAACAGUCAGUCAUCGUUCUUUGUGAUAUAUAACAUAAGUGAAAGUAAAAUAUUAGAAGUAUACGAAAAUACAUCUGAAGGUCUGCUGAAGUUGUUCGAAAAUUAUUGCGAUUGCUUCAGAAACGCGAGAUUGUGUGCCGAUUCACAAUUUACAUGCUCGCCAUCGAAUAAUCUGUAUGCGAGGUUGACUCAGCAACGUUUCAAACAAACCAUUGUGAGAGCUAUCUAUGGCGGUAGAACUGAAGCUACUAAAAGGAUAUUAGCUCAGUUACCGAUCAGUGCACAGUCUUAUAGUGGGUCGCCAUAUUUAGAUCUUGGACUUUUUAGUUAUGAUGACAAAUGGGUAUCAGUCAUGGAACGACCAAAAGCCUACGGCGAAUAUCCCAUACGUUUCUACGCCCGUGACUCAGGUUUACUCAAGUUUAAGAUAUAUGCUGGUGUGUUAGGUCAGUCGGUGCCGGCCAGUGCUCGCCGCCUCGUCGCAUUCACCUUCCACCCAACAGAUCCCUUCGCUAUAAGUGUUCAGAGAACUAAUUCCGAGUACAUUGUCAAUUUUCAUAUCAGAAACGCGGUAUUCAGCUGA